CAGAAUACAGAGUUCAGUGUCAAACUUUCUCUGUGCUGUCCAACUGAUUCUUGCGACUGGAGAGCAGAGAUACCAGUGUGCAGUUCUCAAUCUCAUUUCUUCAGAAAGCCAGCCAAAUACAUGCAACACAAUGAAUCUUAGACUUCAGGCUACAGCUCAGAUUACAGCACUCUUCCUACUUCAACUUUUCUUGAGGAGCAAACUUGAGGCAGCAACAUUACCGCUGAGAUGCCAGUGUGUUCAUUCAAUUAAUGGCCUGAAUCCCAAAGCAAUCAAGAACUUUCAGAUAUUUCCAAGAACAGCUCACUGCAGCAGAACUGAAAUUAUAUUAAUGGUGCAGCAGGGACAUAAAGAAAGCGAGGUUUGCCUUAAUCCAGAAUCAAGGCAGGGCAAGAGGCUUCAGAAGUGCUGGGAAAGUACUCAGAAAAAUCCAAACAAAAGGAAAGAAUGUUUUAAAAGAAAAGCAAGGAAGGAUUCAAAGAAGAAGAAAGGACAUAAAAAUGGAAACUCACAGUCUAAACACCAACAGCUUUAAUGCUGCUGUCAUCGUCUGCAACACUUCUAGCAUGUACAGAGCUGCAGGAAGUUGGAGAAAGGUGAUGGAUUGCAGCAUUACGGCCUGUUUUGAUCCUGAAUUGUGCAGUACAGUUCUUGAAGACUUCUUUUAAUUCUUGCUCUUCAGUUUUUGUUAAAAUAAAAGCAGUUAAGAUUUAUUUUUCCAUAGAUGUUACGUGCUUAGUUGUAACUGGAAUAGAAGCUAUUGUCCACAGUCAUCAGAGGACUGGAACUGUAUAUAUGGUUAAUUAAACACACUGAACAUUAAACUAAUGUCAUUUCAAACUGGUAUAUUUUAGAUCAUAGAUCCUAGAGACAAACUAGUUGUAAAGUGGAUAUUAUGUAUUUUCUACGUAGCAUUGAGAUUACACAGGUCAAGUUAGAUAACAAUAAACUUACUUCAGGCACAUUUCAGGUUGUCAGCUGACUUAUUUCCACUGCUAUUCCUAGUCACCCGGUAGUCAGGCAUGUUCACAGUUUCUCUCCAAAUAUUUCUACCUGUGAGGAAACAGCCGGCCAGAAAAUCAUGGGUAAAUUUGGCAAAGGACAGAGAGGAAUACGAACCGUUCAGGGUUCAUGGUGGGAUUUUUUUUCAAGGAGCCACACUAAGUUUCUUCAAUGGCUUAGUAUUUCGUUAUGUAUUUCAAUUUUUUUUUAUACAAAGAUGAUUUAUAAUGCUUCUGUACUUGAAAAAAAAGUUAAAUAAAACAAAAGAUAUUGAA